GCCUGUAGAUGCACAGGUUGGUUGGCUAAUAGAAACAAGGAGAAGGGAGCCAGCUGAGGCCUAACGACGUUAUUCACGGUCCUUUCACUAACGUUCGAACUCUUUUAUUCUGAGGUAAGUACUUUAUUUUAAAAUGUGUUUUUAAUGUCACUUUAUAACCUACCGGGAUGACUAAUGAAAACUCCCCGAGGAUUAUGUUGUUAUCGACACCUCGUCUUAAGAGUUAGCUCUCUUUAACGGCACAGAUGUUUCCAUAACGUGCUAAUUGCGGUAGGAUGAGCGCUGAAUCGAAACAAGUCUUAAAUUUAUUCUUUUUUCCGGAUUAUUGAUGAACAGAAACGUCAUAAAGUUCUCCUCAUUGAGAGAACAUCGAGAAAAAUUAACUGUCAGACAGUCGAUGUGACCGCUGUCAAUCAAAGUAAACUGAGAUUAAAAUAACAGAAGAAAAUAAGCCUUUAGUGUUUUAGUUUCUGCCUGAGCCCGCUGAAUAAAUCCCCGGGGUCCAUGGCUGUAUUUGUGGUUGGUGGUCGGUGCUCUGGCGGCUGGAGCUGACUCUGGAGCGGGAGGGAGGGAGCAGGACAUGAGGGAUUUAAAGGGCCGACGUUUGCUCUCAUGGCAACCCUGAUGACCCAGCUGAGAAUGUGUGCUGUUGAACUAGCCUCUUCAAUUGUUUGCAUUGGACACAUAUCUGCUCGCCCUGAAAGCUGACAACAGAAAGGACUUAGACUCACUCAGCUAAGUGAACUCUCAGUCAGUAAUCAAGAUAGUCUGAGGGAUUUAGUCGCUUACUGUGACUACACCUGACGUAAGUUGUCGGGAGGAUAGUCGGAGUCAUGUCGGGGAUUUUUUCACUCUAAUGCAGACGCUCUGGUCUAAUGUUAUAUAUAUUUUUUACUUGUCUGUAUUGUCUGCAGAAAUUCUAUAAGAAUAUUGGGGCGGGGGUGGGGGUCCGAGGUGUACACCGACCAGUCAGAGAGAGCACUGUGUGGGCUACAGCUGGGCCUCUAAUUCAACCUUCAGGAAACCUCUUAAUGUCCAGUUUUUCUGACCUGAUUAGAAAGGUGAAUAUGUGCUUUAUAUUUGUUUUAAAUGCCAAAUCGCAAAAAUGUAACAGUAACAUUGUUUUGGAGGACAUGUUGGAAAAAACUGUUGAUGCUCAUAUUGUGUAAAAUCUCAAAAAUAUUUACUAUUUUUGCUGAAUCUUUUCCAUCUUCAUGUCUAAGCAGGAUGCUAAAAAAUACACUUUGACCCCUUUUCCAGCUGUAUUCAAACCCUUUGAAGUCAUUCAUACAUUCACAUGGAAACUUCAUUCAACCCUAAAGAUAUGAAGCUUCUUUGGCAUGUCUCAACAUAACUCGUAUCAUUUAUGGUUCCUUCACAGUGGCCUUGACUGAAUAGGUCUGAACCCCCAGGCUCACUGUGAGGGUUGAAAUGUUAGAGAGAAGGAACUGGAAACAAGCCCCAAACACCAUCUGAAAAAAACUGCCACUGAAGCCACCAAUUUCACUGCAUGCACAUAAAAUGGGCAUCAGAAUGUUAGUAAACUUGUGUUGCUUCUUUCAAAAGGGUUACCAAAGCAAAAAAAAUGGGACCAUUCAACCUUUAUGUGGCCAACUGUGGCCUGUACCCCAUCCACAUAGUCAUCCACAGCCACAUAGUAUGAUCACCACAGGAACUGAUUUUAAAGGGGUGGCAGUCAACACACAUGUGCAAUCAGACACACACACACACAGGAAAUACAGCUCAACUAUAAAGGGUAGAUUUGAAAAUAGAUAUGUUGUGUCUACCAUGUUAUGGCUGGAUGGUGUAUAGCUGCAUAUAUAGCCAUAAUUUUGCAUUUGUAGCAUUUUCUUUUUCAAUAGUUUCCCUGCAGUUUGACACAUUGCUUUGUUUAUCUGCAGGUCUUUCAUCAUUCACAUUGAAUUCAGUGUUUGGGACGGACAGAGCUGACAGCUGGAGGAAAAUGGAGUGCACUCCUGAAUCUAACACCUACCUUGAGAGAUGCAAAGGGCAGCACUUUUAUGAUGAUUGUUCUGACAGUGGGUACUCAGGUUUAUUCCACAGCCCUCAGAGCACUGGUGCGGUUGACUCCUGUAGAUCCUUGUCACCGGUAGAUUUCAGGGAGACACCAAAAGAGAACCUCAGGCUUCCUCUCACCCCCAAUGGAAGGCGCAAAGAACCGGUCAGAUAUUUAGGCAGAGACCUCAGGGGAAUGCAGCAACCAUCAGGAGUAAGCUGGUGUGAGACUCCUAAAAGGGGUUCCUGUUUCAGACUGAGACAUCAACUGCGCAGACCCACCACAGACAUCAUAAAUGAUAAUACAAGAUCUCCCUGCAGCAGAAGGCCUGGAAGGACCGAGCGCUUGCUCAGUGCAUCGUUUGACUCUUUAGACACUGUGACAGGGGCUUUGGCAUCAAGCACUCUGGAACAAGAUCCGCCUCUAUCUAGCAGGAAACGCCGUCUCCUCUUCACACAGGUGAGGACUUCAACUCGAGAAGAUGGAAAACCAAACUCUGUCCCCCUCCCCAGUUUUGAGAGCAGAGUUUCAUUCUCAGGUACAGAUUCCAUUGAGAACAUCUCAGCCUCUAGUCAAAUUCAAACCCAGUCUCUAUGCUGUGGAAAGUUCCCAUCUCCCCCAUCAAAAGAAAUCUCUCCCUCACCAAUCAGCAGAGUGGGAGACAACCUGUGUGACAGCUUGAGUGUCAUAUGCACCCCAUCCUCAACGCACAGACCCAAAUACAUUAGGUAUGUGCCUUUCUUGAAUACUUGGCUAAGUCACUUUAGUUUGACAUGUUUCCAUCUGCACACUUGAAGAAUCUGUUCUAAUGUGCUGCUCUGAAAUAUUCUCAUGUUUACUCCUUCUUUGUCCCUGGAACAGGUCUGUGUGUGAAGAUAGUGGGUUUGGUUCUCUGACCCUUGAUAAAUCCCAAGACUCCUCAAUGGACCAUGAUGGCUCAUUCCAGGAGCUCCUGCUCUCCAGCUCCAGAGGAAAUGGUGAAACCCCAAAUUUGGCAGAGACCAAGCGGCGCUUACGUUUGCAGCGUCAGCACAGGCUUUCGACGCUCAAAGAAGGGGGCUCUCAGUCUGAGGAGGACACAGCAGAGAGAAAACAGGAACGUCCCUCUUGGUGCCAAAAUCACUCCAAAGAAGAUGAGGUUUUUACUUACGAUGCCACUCCUUACAGGGCUGUUUCUGUCAAACAUAGCAAUAGCUUUACCUCUGAUUGUUCGACCUCUGCAAAACAAGACUAUGCCACCCCUUUAAGACCCAUCGCAACCAAUCCAAAUGACAAGACACCAUUAAGCACAGGUCUGGGCAAUCAAGAUGUAACGCCUCACUCAGCAACCCCAGUGAAUUUGUCUCUGACACCAGCGUUGCAGCUGGUUCAUGCAAUGUGCAAGCAGAAUGCCCAGAUGUUUGUGGGCCAAAGCCCCUGUCUGAGAGAGCAGCUGAAGUCCACAGCAGCACUGGCAGAGACCAUGGCCACAUUCAAGACCACUAUGCCAUUGGCAGGGCUGAUUGGCAGGAAGAUGGGUCUAGGAAAUAUUGACAUACUCACGGAACUGAAGAAGAGAAACCUCAGGCACAUUCUGACCAUCAUAUUCAGCCACCUUUCACCUGAGAGCAUCUACAGGUAAGGACUCAAUCUUUUAAACAGCUGUAUUUACUUUUACGCUUUAAUCUCAUCAAGUAAAUGUCUCAUGUAUUUACUCUUCAAAGUAGGCCAGGUUCAUCAAACUGUGAGUGAUUUGUGAAGACAGUAUUAACCUGAAAAUAAGAAUAUUGGCAUUAUUCAAAUCUUUCAGGAUCUCAUGAAACUCAUUCAGCUUCUUUUUGAUAAACUACAGCUCAGCUCGUAAGAAUUUAGUUUGGUUUGAAGUUUGUAAACUUCUCAUAUUAUCACUCAUAACUUUAGACUUAGGACAUAGUCAGUAUUUAACAGUGAAAGUGAAGCAUCAAAAUGUAUUUGUCUGUGUUUGGAAGGUGUGCUCUGGUAUGUAGGAGCUGGAAUGAAAUCAUCCAACAAGACAAGCAAGCCAGUUUAAAAAGGAGGAGCCACCAGAGUAAAGUGGAGGCUGCUGAUGAGGUGGGUGAUGUGCUACUUGGGCUGAUGCAUCCUUAUCGUACCCAGAUCUGAACCACCAAGAUAUUCAUAUUGCAAAAACAACGAUAUCAGCUGUAUAGAUCUUCCCCAAGUUCUGAUCAAUAACACUGCACUUUUUACAUCCUUCAGCAGUAUCAUGAUGGUUUUAUUUUCCUGAAAAAUGUGUAAUUUUCACUAAACUCAUUGUUAUAUCAAUAUCAACAUAUCUGGUGUGCAUAUCUAAAUCUGAAAAUUUGUCCAUAUCAUUCAGUCUUAUUAGCUCCCCUAGGUGAAAUAUGACGCAGCUUUAAUGAUCAGUCUUGUGCAUUUUACCCGUGAGUGUGGACAGCUGUGUAAUCCAAGUCAUUGUAUGGAGAUGAGUGAAGGCCUUUUCUCUCCAGUCUGCUGAAAUAUGAAGUAACAUUUAAAUGAGUUUAGGUGGAAAUGAACCGACAGGACCUGAAAGUCUCAAUCAUUUGGUCUUGUUGUCUCAUAGCUUGGUGGUGUUGUCCAUGUCCCUGAGGCAGAGACCAGACUGGCUCUGGUCAAGAGAUCGGCCCUCAAAAUUGUUCAGGCCCAGUCCAGGACUUCAAGCCUCUGCACCCCACAGUCAGGAAACGGCACUCAAACUCCAUUACAGCACAGCGCUCUGAAUUCAGGCAGCAGCAGCAAACGGGAGAGAUUUCUUGAAGUGAGGUUCAAACCACUGUACCAGAUUUCAUCAAGAUAUUAUAAUAUGUAAUAUUUGGACAUAUUAACCACUUGUCUUCAAUGCCAUGAUGAUUUAUUGACUAGAAAAUCUCCACAAGGUAGGUAAAACUUAUCAUAGAAGUCAAAGUAACUUCUUUCUUUUUUCCCUCCUUUAUAGGUUGCCAAAACUCUUUUUAAUGAUGAAUGCCUCAAGCCUUGCCCCAGAUGUCAGCAUCCCGCCAGGUGUCAUUCAGUGAAAGGAGAGGGUGUCUGCUGCAGAUCAGACUGUGGUUUCCGGUUUUGCACAGCCUGUCUGUGUGCCUUCCAUGGCUCUAAAGAGUGUGGCAGCCAGUCUGCAGGCCGUCGUAAGAAGGACAUACUUCUUCCUGGAAGUGCUCAGAGCAAGCGAAACGUGAGGAGACUCUGAGCAGAGUUAAUCGUAGUCCUCCAACGCUAACAUUUUUCAGCCUUGUGCCUCAGACAUGUUUUUAGCAAUCAUUGAACUUCUUUGAAGUGAGUGCCUGAGAGACAGUUCUGUACUUAGCCAUGUGUCUGUGUGCCUGUCUUCUUACUGUAUUGUCCUUCUUUUUCUUCAAUACAGUUGUACCUGUUUUUAAUUAUGAAUGUGAAGGAAAACUCCAGAAAUUCAAUGAAUUAUUUUUUUUCUACAUACUUUGAUCAACUGUACAUGAAGUACUUCUUGAAAGUUCAGAGAUUUUCAACUUUUAGCACUGUUUAAAAUAAAUGUAUUUUUCUUUUUAUA